GUACCACUCUGUGUUUACCUCAGUCCCUCAAGAAACUCGCCGAGCUUUAGUACACCAGGAGUUAAUGUAUGUGGGUCGUGUAUAAACGGAAACACCGCUUGUAUUUACUUACUCACACCCACAGAUACAGUCUUGUAGUUCUACCCAUCGGGAGGUACAGUGUGAUGACGGAGCUACAGUUAGUGUUGUGAUAUUUAAAUGGAAGAAAGACAAUAGUGUUAACUGGGGCUUAAUAUUCCACAGCACGAUAUUUAUAAAAUUGAGUCAACAGCAUUCAAGAUGGCGUAACGAAAGACUAUGAUCUAAGAAGGAGUUUCUUCUUUAGUACACGUCUCAUUACAGUUGAUAAUGGAAGGUCAAGUGUUUCCGGGUAGUGAGGACGUCAACCCAAUAUUUGACACUUUCCCCUUCGAGAAAAUGAUUUGUGACGACAACUGUUGUACCUCCAGCAACAAUGUGACAAUAUGUUUCAAAGACUACAACUACACGGACAAAAUGAACAUAACGCACCACGAGCCUUGGGAUGUGGCGGUGAGGUGGACGUACGCGACCUUGGUGGUACUGGUGGCCUUCCUGGGCAACCUGUGCAUUAUCAUCAUCCUCCUUAAGAACCGUCUGUUGCUAAGGACCUCCGUUAACCUCUUUAUCCUCAACAUGUCCGUCGCUGACCUCAUCACCUCCCUGGCGGGGCCCAUCCCCUUCACCAUACAACAGGUCAGCUACUUCUGGCCCCUGGGGAGGAUCUGGUGCCACCUCGAGGGAUACAUAUUGAUGUUGGUGAUGCUGGUGAGUGUGACGUCACUGGCCACCAUCAGUUGUGACCGCAUGGUGGGUGUGGUGUUCCCGUUCCACAAACAUCUCAAGCGCUGGAACUACGUCGCCAUCAUCGUCGCCAUCUGGGUGGUGUCAGCCAUCCUCGCCCUGCCUUUCUGCUUCUACAGGAUAUAUACGGUGCGGGCGUGGAAAGACCUGACUGAGACUAACUGUGGGGAGGAGGAUCAGAAGAUCCGCAUCUGGUGGGUGGUGAGCAUCAUUGGCCUCACCUGGCUGCCUCUCUCCAUCAUGGUCGUCUCCUACACCAGAAUCUUCGUCUACUUCCAGCAAAUGCGCUUCAGUUUCAUGAAAUCGCGCGAGCACCCGGCCAUGGUGCACCUCAAGAAGCGGGUGGUAAGGAUGAUGUUCGUGGUGGUGGUGGCCUUCACUGUGUGUUGGUUGCCCUUCCAGAUCCUCAAGAUAGCUAACAACAUGUUUAUCGACGAAUCUGGUCAUUUUGUGAACGAGAAAGCCGAGCAGACCUACAACGACCUACUGACGGUGGCGCAGUAUAUGGUGUACACCAACGCCGCCAUCAACCCUAUCGUGUACGCCCUUAUGCAUCAGACCUUCAGGAGAGCCUUCAGAGUCACCUUCCCCUGUUUCUACAAGAACGAGCCGUCGUUGGUGCUGACACGAGGACAGGGGAUGCAGCGCUACGUCUGGUCCAUUAAGUCCACCGCCUCUGAUGUUUACGGAAGUGACGUCGUCUAUAACCCACCACGGAAUCUGAAAGAUCGCAUCCGAGGGAAGAAUCAUCUGACACCUUCAGCCUUACUGUCCUCGGCUGCGGUGGCUGCUUCUAUUGCCUUAGAUCCUAAGUCUAAAAAGGCGAGGACUGUCUCUGAGAGUUCCUCACAGCGCAGUAGAAGCGGCAGCGGCAGAGACAGCGGUAGAGGCAGCUUCAGUGAAAGCCUCACCGAGCUCCAGAUAUCUUACGCUAACGAGGGCUUCGUGAUGGACCUGCAGCCCAGGAGGAUGUCCUUCGUCAGUACAGGAAGUCUCGGUCACCUCGUUACCCAGGUCAUAGAAGAAGAAACCUCCAGUGACGUAGAGAACGAGCGUGUGUUGUAGGGCCAAGUACGUGGGGCGAAGCAUGACCCCUUAGCUUAGCAGUCAAAGUGGAUGCAAGAAUUUUGCAAAACUAGUGACAUCCCCUAAAGAUAUAACCUUCAAAGGGCAUAUCUAUGGAUCCUGUGAAUUGAAAACACAUGUGGUUUCUUAGGUCAGUUGUCUUCGUUUAGCAGAAAUGAUGAGGACACACACACACACACACACACACACACACACACACACCAGUACUCCAGUCCACUGACAGCCGAGGGGUGAGAAAAUGUAAAGUCUUGGAGAAUUGAACACUGUCUCGGAGGCUUCGUUGAAAACUUUACACACAAAGAGAAAAUUACUUAAACGCCCACAUGUACUGGAGAGGCUGGGGGGAGGUGACAACCUUUACGAUUAUACUCACUUAAAGAAAAGAUGAAUAUCCGUAUAAGGAAUGUUGAGGAGCCGAGAGACACUGUACACUGUAUUAUAUUAUUAAAUCAUUAUGUAAAUAGCUAGGGUUUACGAACAAUUGAUUAUUUAUUUAUGCCUAAAAGGAAUUCUGAAUCUGUUUUUCUUGGCGUCAACAGUAUGACUACAUGACGGAAUAGAAAAAAUCAAUGGAUACAUUUUGUCUCUUUUAUUGCUUAGUUCUAGUGUGACCGUCUGAGGUUGUCAGAUGAGGAGAAAGAUGCGACUAGGUCCUUGUGUGCCUGAAAAGUACAAAUUUGGACCAGUUUUUAAUUAAUUUCACCCGCCACCCUCCCCCAGAAAAAAAAUACAAAAACUUCACAGCGGAAAAUUUCUCGUUACCCUUAAGGGAAUCCCUACGAGGCACCAAAGACCUGGGUCAGAAUUGUCAAAUGAUCAUACGUUAAAUAUUUUCUUUACUGAACACACGAAAACCAGUUUCAUUGAUUUACUUUAGCUACGUCAACAAAAUGGUGGAUGAUAUUGAAAUGAAAAUCGACCGUACUUAGGAGCAUUUUCUCAUCCCGGUUAACUAGGAAAAAAUAACGUUACAAUCUUUGCCAAUCCAAACCCUGACUAACUCUUAAACUUAUGGCAGAGGUUAGUGACGACAGUUUAAUGGGGGGUAUCUUAUACUCACGAUCUCUGCCUCUGACCUCAGCUGACUUGAUGAGAUUAAUGUAAAUAAAGAAUUAUCCUCCUUAAGAUGAUAAGAUCAACAUAGUUUAUGUUUGUAUUCUUAGUUUCUUUUGGGUAAUUUAAGUGUUUGUUUACAUCUGCAACUUAUCCUUGUGUGUUUUAACAAUGGUUUAUAUAUUAGUGGUGUGAAUUUAUACAGUUAAUAAGAUACACAAGUGACAACUGAGUAAAGAAAAUCACAUUAUGGACUGAAUGUUUAUGGAUCCUUAUUAAUUUUUUAAGUUGAUUCUUGUCCUUUUUUAUUCUUAUCUUCAAACUAGAAAUGUAAAAACUUCAAACUCGUGGUUGUGGUCACUAGGGCGUCAUUCUUCCUCUCUUGUGAUAAAGGCUUUUGGGCCACAUUUUAUUUAUAUCUUGAUUUAUGAACAUAGGAAAUAAAUGUUAUGUUUUUGUUAUGAUUUUGGUGUUGUUGUUGUUGUGCUAAUUCUUGGCGGACAUGUAGAGUCUUAAGUCCUACUACUUAGUCAUAGAAGAAGUUAAUUACUAAACCUUUAUGGGUUCCAAUACUACUUCAAAGUAUAGAGUUAUGAUGUGAAAGUUAUUUUUCUUUUGCGCCAUUAACAUAAAGGUUGGGUUAUGAGGAUGAAAAUAAAUUAUAUAAAUAUA